AAAAAGAAAAGAAAGGUAAGCAACAAGAGUUAAUUUGGUCUGCUCCUCAUUUCCCUCUCUCGAUCGGUUGAUCCCCAAUCUCUACUUCAUCAUCGCGCGAUCAGCCCCGGCAACCUCCGAACGCCUCCUCCAACUCUCGACUCACGGUCUCACGUAACUGCUUCGCCCCGCCCACCUUCGCAGUCCUCCCAAAGCCGCACCUGAGAAUUGCCUUCCCGUCCAAACCGGACAAUCCCUCGUUCUGUCCGGUCACCUCAGCCGUUGCCAUCGGAGCGGAGACCUAAUCGUUAGUCUCGCAACAGAGGAUUCGUUGUAUUCUCGUUGUCGGCUAUCGGUUCUUCUCCACGAGAUUCGUGAUUGCUAAUCUUAUCGCGAUUACCAAUUUUGUGGGUAUUGGCCCUUAGUCUCCUUAAGCCCCUCGAGAUCAUUCAGUCGGUCUGAUCUGUUCUAGGGUUUCUCUCCUCGCUUUUUUGCUGGAGCUAGGAAGGAGCUUGGUUAUACUUUCCGAAUCAUUUCAGGAUGGAUUUCAAGAUUGGCCGCCUUAAUCUCAAUGCUGUCGCCCAGGGUGUUGGUGGACUUGUUUUCGGUAAUGAGAACUCUACUUCAAACGAAGAUAGCUAUAUUGAAAAGUAUCUCGACCGUAUAAGCAAUGGUGUACUAGGAGAUGACAGGCGAUCAGCUAUGCUUAAUCUCCAGUCUCUUGUUGCAGAAAGCAGUACAGCUCAGAUGUCAUUUGGGGCUAUGGGAUUUCCUGUUCUUCUUAAUGUUCUAAAGGAAGAACGUGAUGAUGUUGAGUUGAUACGAGGUGCACUAGAGACUAUUCUGAGUGCCUUAACUCCCAUAGAAACUGCACAAGGGCAGAAAAACGUGGUUCAACCAGCUUUAGUGAAUUCAGAUCUUCUUUCCAGAGAAUCAGAGAAUAUUUCUCUUCUUCUAAGUUUAUUGACGGAGGAUGACUUCUAUGUCAGAUAUUACACCCUUCAGAUUAUAACUGCCCUUCUCACACAUUCUCCCAAUAGAAUACAAGAAGAAAUUAUUUCCAUUCCUCGUGGCAUAACUAGGUUAAUGGAUAUGCUUAUGGAUCGUGAGGUCAUUAGGAAUGAAGCCUUACUUCUGCUCACUUAUUUGACACGUCAAGCAGAGGAGAUUCAAAAAAUUGUAGUGUUUGAAGGUGCAUUUGAAAAGAUAUUUAGUAUUAUUAAAGAAGAAGGGGAUUCUGAAGGAGGUGUGGUUGUGCAGGACUCUCUUGAAUUGCUGAAUAAUCUCAUUCGUAAUAAUGCAUCCAAUCAGAUGUUGCUGAAGGAGACUAUUGGAUUUGAUCCUCUAGUAUCGAUAUUGAAACUUCGUAGAGGCAGUGCUUACAAUUUUACUCAGCAGAAGACAAUAAAUCUGCUUAGUGUAAUGGAAACCGUUCGACUGCUUCUGGUUGGAGGUUCAACUAGUGAACCAGAUAAAGAUUCUAGUAGGCUUGCAAAUCAAACUGCAUUAGCUCAGAAGAAAAUUUUGGACUAUCUUUUACUCUUGGGGAUUGAAAGUCAAUGGGCUCCAGUUGCUUUGCGUUCUUCAGCAUUGCGAUGCAUAGGGAAUUUGGUUAUUAAAAAUCCUCACAAUCUCCUCAUCCUUGGAAGUAAGUUAGUUGGAGAAGAACCUCAUCUCGAGCCUGCCUUGAGUGCCACAUUUCGUGUCAUUUUACGUGCCUCUGCUAUUCAGGAAUUCAUAGCAGCUGAUUAUGUCCUCAAAUGCUUCUGUGAGGGUAAUUCUGAUGGUCAAGAAAUGUUGGCUUCCACGAUAACACAACCAAAUUCCAAUCCAAUUAUUGAUUCUGGUGGUAGCAUGCCUUUUGGAAGUAUGCUUUUGCAAGCUCUACUCUCAAAUGGGGCUAAUGGAGAUCUUGAGAAGUGUGCCAGGGCUGCAUGUGUUCUUUCUCAUAUACUGAAGAACAAUCUCAAAUGCAAGGAACUGGUUCUCAAGGUUGAGCUUGAAGCACCAGUACCAUCAUUAAGUUCCCCAGAGCCUCUUAUGCACCGUGUCAUGAAGUAUUCGGCUAUUGCAGCCUCAUCAGGAAGCAUUGAUGAGAAGCAAAACCACAAAUCUGAGGGAGAUUUAUACAUUCAACCUCUUAUUCUCCAAUUACUGGUCACCUGGCUAGCUGACUGCCCAAAUGCUGUGAACUGCCUAUUAGAAUCACCAGGACAUCUUACCUAUUUGCUAAGUCUAGUAUCAAACCCACAAGCAGGUAUUGCUGUUCAGGGUUUGGCUGCUAUUAUUCUUGGAGAAUGUGUUCUAUACAAUAGAAAUAACGAGACCAAAAGAGAUGCCUUUUCUGUGGCUGAUGCUUUGAGCCAAAAGGUCGGGUUAAGUAACUUCUUUUUGAAGUUUGAUGAGCUACAAAAAUUCCUUUCACAUCUUUCCACAGAAGGUCAACACAGCCAGUCGCUUGGAAGAUCUAGUGCAGCUAGUAUGGCAGAAGCUGAAGAUGUUGAAAAUGUUGGUACAAAUCAUAAGCAUGAGCACCCUGUCCUACUGGAAAUGUUUGAUUCAACGUUCAUUAGAUAUGUGGAUAAGCUUGAAGCAGAAAUUAGGGAGAGCAUUUUAGGGAUAUAUAGCAAUACGAAAAACAAGGUUGCAGUACUGCCAGCUGAACUGGAGCAAAGUGAUAAAGAGACUGAUAGAGAUUACAUCAAGAGAUUGAAAAUAUUUGUUGCUUCACAAUGCAAUGAGAUGCAGGACCUGUUAUGUCGCAAUGCUACUUUAGCUGAGGAAUUGGUGAGGACUGGCGGUGCGACCAUAUCAACCAUUUCCCAAGAACCCAGCAGUGGCAGAGAGAGGGUUCUGAAUGAAUCUCAUCGCCGAGAGCUUCAGGAGGCAAGACGAUGUGCUCAGAUUCUUACAGCUGAGAAAGCAAAGAUCGAGGAUGAAGCCAACAACUACAGAAAUCUUGCUGCAAAGCUGGAGUCUGACCUGAAAAGUUUGUCAGAUGCUUACAACAGCUUGGAGCAGGUGAACUUCCGUCUCGAAUCCGAGGCAGAGGAGUUGAGGAAAGGUGGAAGGGUCCAGCAUCCUGAUAUUGAAACAAUCAAAGCAGAAGCAAGAGAAGCAGCCGAGAAGGAGAGUGAAGCUGAACUGAAUGAUCUACUUAUUUGCCUGGGACAAGAGCAAAGUAAGGUGGAAAAGCUCAGCACUAGACUGACAGAGUUGGGUGAGGAUGUGGACUCACUCCUUGAAGGAUUAGGCGAUGAAGCUGGACUUGAAGGUGAUGAUGAGGAUGAGGAUGAUGGGAAAUAGGCCAAAUAAUUUUUUUUUGUGCUUCAGAAGUGUCCAUGCGCUCCUGGUUAAUAUCAGUUGUUGGUGAAGUGCUCAUUGAAAACAAAUGUUGGUCGCUCUUGUAAAUUAUAACAUUUAGUUCUCGUGUUCGUGCAAGUUAAGUGGACUUAAAACAGACAUUCGCUUUAAAAUUCUUUCUUUA